UACCGGCGAUCGUUCGCCACAGCAAGUAGAUACGAAAUAGCGGCCGCAGUCGCGAAGGCUCGCUGCUCACGGUGAGAUCGUGGUCUGUCGUGAUCGAGAGCAGAACACGGUGUCGAUUGUGAUCGAUCGAUCGAUCGUUGUCAGUGGUGGACGCGGUCGAUUCCUAUCGAGACAAGGAGAAGGUAUACGAGAAACACGCCACACGUGUGAACGUACAGUUUGGAUCAGGGCCUGAAAAAGAAUUCUGCAUGAGUUCGAGACAUCGUUUCCUAUCGAUUGUUUUGAAGAUUCGAUUAUAGAUUGAUAAUUGCAUUCUAUAACGACCAAUCAAAUGCGUGUGAAAUAAAAUACCGCGAAAAUUACCGGUGCGAUUCUGCGCGGUGACAGCUUGUGAUUCGCGUGCAACGAGUCAAUAUAUUAAAUUCAUUUUGUUGUAUUAAAUUCAAAAAUAUAAAAAAAAUAUUAGGAAACUGAAUAAGUUUGAUUAUACUGAGUGAUUCUGGAUUGUUCUAAAUUGAAUUGUUGAUGUGAUGUACGAUCGUGGUGAGGUUAAGCGGAUGUUUGUUAUUUGGUACAGGACAGAAUAACUUGAAGUGCAGGACGAGUGAAUCCAACGAACAAUAAUGAUUUUAUGAGAAAAUCUACAAGGAAUGCUUAUACAUUUUGUUGGAUCUAUGUAGUUGCAAUAUCGAAAGGAUAAUUGUGAACAAGAAGAAAUGGAGAAUCCUUGAAAUAUUUAGGUGGUUUCGCCGCAGGCAGCCGCGAGAGAUGUGGUCGCGCACGCGAUUCUUGCUCCUGGCGUGGACGAUCGCGUUGUUGGCCGGGAUACGGUUGAGCAACGGGUCCCAGAGGCCGCGUCUCGGCGGCGCCGUGAACAUCUUCAGCCGUUACGGUUACCUCAGCAUCAGCAUGAGAGUGGUCCCAAGGAACGACACCGAGACAUGGAUAUUCCGUGAGCCGACGUUAGACGUUUUCAGGAAUCCUGUCCCAAUGAUGGCCAGGCAACGGCAACAGACCGCUGUGUUCGAUGGAGAUUUCCAUAUGGAGUUUUGCGACAACGUUCGCCAACUUCUGCAAGCAUACUUCCGGGACUUCACGUUCGAACGGCUCGAAAGGCCGUGGCGGGCGUUCAGCGCCAGCUGGUCCAAGGCGGCCAUUGCCCGCCAUUUGGGCAUCAACUCGUCCUUCAUCACGGGCGAUCAUUGUUACGUGUUGGUACGUGUUGCCAGAUUCCGCGAGAAUCAGAAAUUGGCCGGUACCGCGGAAACGAUGAUCCUAGACGAGGCGGUUCUCCGUGAAACGGAGAACGUUACGGUCGGUGAUACGGCGAGUGUAGUGCGAUUUAUCAAACACUUUGGAUCGCAUUAUAUCGCCGCUUACGUCACUGGAAACUCUUUGUAUCAGGUGUUCGUGUAUACACAACAAGCGUAUCUACGUAUCAAAGAACGAUUGAAGACCCGUGGCGUAGCAGAUCUAUCGAAUAUCGAAUUGAACAACUACUUUUCACCGUGGUACGCGGAGCACAUGGGCUCCAUACAGGCAGCGAGCGGAAAUCGCACCGUCGAGUCAUGGGCGGUGGAACGGCUUCGAAACCAAUAUUACAUUUUCUCAUACGCCAGUUUGCUGAAAUUACAUGGUGAUGCGAUGUUGCUGAAGCAACUGGAUAGUUUGUUGGGUAACGAGGCAUUACUGCAACUACAGCUAAAGACACUGGCGCCAAUUUUCAAAGAUUCACAACGACGCGAAUGGUUCCUUGAGGUUAUCGAUAAUUACUUUAAGUUAUGGGAGGUGAAUAUGUGAAGUAAAAAAAUACGUCCUGAAAGGAGAAAAAAAAUUGAUACACCUCCGUCAUAUUUACGUAAAAUUACGUAAAAAUUACCGUAUCGUGUUUGAAUGUGGCGGACCAUGAUAUACAUAUGUACGUGUAUUAGAAAGAAAAGAUCGAUGGCUUCGACAUGGAAAGAUCAUUUGAUUGUCGUAGAACGAUUAGUGUUCGAACAGUCGUUAGUCACGGUCUGCUGGAUGUUCACUAUUGUUUCUCCGUCAAACGGACGUUAGAAUUUAAUAGAGAAACGCCCAACUACUAUAUUGUUAUUAAAUAAGUAUUUAUUAAUAUAAUCGACGAUAGAAAACAUUUUUAUACAAACGUUUUAAAUAUAUAUAUAUCAUAUAUAUAUAUCACAAGCAAUUUUCGUAAAAAUGACUGAAAAAAAACGCGAUAUCCUGUUCCUAUGUUUGUCGAUUUAUUUUUCAUAUUGUUUCGAUAAUAUAUCUGUUGCAUUUUCGUUUAAGCUCUUCAGAAUAAUAUCAGCGACAAAAACAGAAAUAGGAAUCGUGAUUUUUUUCUUUUCUCUCGCUAGUUUUCUUCUCGAGUGUGAACUUCGAUAAAUCAAUUUCAAUAUUUUUGAAAAUAAAUCUACGUAUUAUAUAUUUUACAAUAUGUUUUAUCCUUACAAACUUAUGGACGUUAUUUUAGCAGAGUUAAAAUAAAUUUGUGUGAGUAUUCGAGUAUAAAAGAACGGCUAGUUUCCGUUUUGUACGAGUAAGAAAAAGUUAUAUAUUAUUGGCACGGUAAAACUGAUUGAUGGAGUAAAAUUUAUAGGAAAAAAUCAGUUUAUUUUAUUUUUUUAAAUAUUAACGGACUAUAUCUUUUAGCUUAUUUUCCGACUUUCCUCGUUAUCGUGAAAUCAUAACAAUAAACAUACUAAAAAUACGUAACAAAUUCAAAAAAAAAAAAAAAAAAA